GCGAUUCCUUGUGCUUUACUGUUCUGGUUUACGAUAGCUUUGAUUGGACGGAUGAAGGAGAACAAAGAAAAACGAACAAAACUGCUCAAGACCCGUGAAGAAAAGAGCAAGCGUGACAUCACUACCUAUAUGCUUGUUUUCAUGGUCACCGUAUUCCUGAUCACAGAACUGCCUCAAGGCGUCAUGGCCGUACUGAAUGGUGAGUCUGGAUCACUUACACUUUUAGGGCAUGGCACUGAAAAUGUGAAGAACAAAGAGGUUGAAGAGCCGAAGCGGCUCUGGCUCCAUUACGCGAAUUAG